AUGAAGAAACAAAAAACAAUGACAAAUUUAUUAUGCUGUCUAGCUUGCCUUAUCUUGUAUGUCCAGCUGUUCUUAUCACCAAACAUUGCUUUUGCUUCUGCUACUUCUUCUGAGGCCGAGGCUCUUCUCAAAUGGAAAGCUACCUUUCAAAAUGAAACCAAAAAUAAUCUGACCUCAUGGGCUUACUAUCCAAACGUAAAUACAAACCCAUGCAACGUUUGGACUGGUGUUUCAUGCAACACUGCUGCAAGUGUCAACAGGGUCAACCUCACCAAUUCUGGAAUACAAGGUACGCUAUAUGAAUUUCCAUUCCUGUCCCUCCCUAAUCUCGAAUAUGUUGACCUCAGCUUGAACCAACUCUUUGGUGCCAUCCCAUCUCAGAUCAGUUCCCUCUCUAAACUCAUCUAUCUUGACCUUUCUCAUAAUCAGUUGUCUGGGAAAAUCCCACCAGAAAUUGGUCUUCUAAAUAGUCUUCAAGUCCUGCACCUAAAUGAGAAUCAACUAAAUGGCUCAAUCCCUCAAGAAAUCAGCCAGCUUCAGUUUCUUAAUGAGCUUUGUCUGCAAAAAAACAAUUUAACAGGUCCCAUUCCUCCAGAUUUUGGAAAAUUAAAAGACCUAACCAUGAUGUACUUGUUCAAAAAUCAACUUUCUGGUUCUAUCCCUUCCGAAAUUGGAAAUUUGAAGUCUCUAGUGAAUCUAGGCAUUUAUAAGAACAAUCUAUCUGGUUCAAUCCCGACAUCUUUAGGUAAUCUAACAAACCUUACCCUUCUCUAUGCCUAUGAAAAUAAGCUUUCCGGCGUAAUUCCAAAAGAGAUAGGGAACUUAAAAUCUCUUGUGGACCUACAGUUGAGCGAGAAUCACCUUAAUGGUUCCAUCCCCUCUUCGCUUGGUGACUUGAGCAACCUAGAAAUCUUAUUCCUACGUGAUAACCAACUUUCUGGCCCCAUCCCCCAAGAGAUGGAGAAUCUCAAGAAGUUGGCUGUGCUGCAAUUGAAAAAUAACAACUUUUCUGGUUAUUUGCCCCAAAAUAUUUGCGGAGGCGGAUACCUAGAAAACUUUACAGCACAAAACAACCACUUGAUAGGUUCAAUCCCCAAAAGCUUGAAAACUUGCAAGAGCUUAGUGAGACUUCGUCUUGAAGGGAACCAACUGACAGGCAAUAUAUCUGAUGACUUUGGUGCCUAUCCAAAUCUUAGAUUCAUUGACCUAAGCCACAAUAACUUGCACGGUGAGAUCUCACACCUCUGGGGACAGUGUCCACAAUUAGAAACCCUACGAAUUGCGGGGAACAAGCUUACUGGUAGUAUACCACCUGAGAUUAGCCAUGCAACCCAAAUUCAUGAACUCGAUCUUUCUUCCAAUAGUUUAGUCGGGGUGAUCCCAAAGAACUUUGGGAGAUUGACUUCUUUGGUGAAUUUGAUGUUGAAUGGCAAUCAACUUUGGGGUCCUAUACCCUCAGAAUUUGGAUCGUUGACUGAUAUUGAAUACCUUGACUUGUCCACCAACAAUUUCAAAGAGUCAAUUCCAGGCAUUUUUGGUGACUUUCUCAAAUUACACUACUUGAAUUUGAGCAACAACAAGUUCAGUCAAGAAAUUCCAUUUCAGUUGGGGAAGUUAGUUCAUCUGUCCCAACUUGAUCUAAGUCAUAACUCACUUGAGGGUAAGAUACCAUCAGAAAUGAGCAGUAUGCAAAGCUUGGAGAAGUUGAAUCUUUCCUACAAUAAUCUUACAGGUCUCAUUCCAACAAAUUUUGAUGAAAUGCAUGGCCUGUAUCGCAUCGACAUAUCCUACAAUCAACUGCAGGGUCCAAUCCCCAACAACAAAGCAUUUCAAAAUGCUCGAAUGGAUGGGAAUAACGGAUUGUGUGGCAACGUUGGAGGACUAAAACCCUGCAAUCAUUCUGUGGAGCAUAAGCAUACCUCAAAGAAGGAGUUCUUAAUCAUUUUCCCUAUCUUGGGAACACUUUUACUUGCUUUCCUGGCAUUUGUUUUGAUUGGAAGAAGAAGUAGAAGAAAGCAAGAACAGGAAAUCAAACGGAGCAAUAUGCACGAAAGCUUUUUCUCAAUAUCUAAUUUUGACGGAAGAAAAAUGUAUGGAGAAAUCAUGGAAGCAACCAAUGGUUUUGAUGUCGUUCAUUGCAUCGGGAAGGGAGGACAGGGAAGCGUCUACACGGCAAAACUCCCAUCAGGCAGCAUUGUUGCAGUGAAGAAAUUCCAUCAAACACUUGAUGGUGAGGAGGCAUCUCGGAAGGAGUUCCUUAAUGAAAUAAGGGCCUUAACUCAGAUACGACACCGAAACAUUGUGAAGUUUCUUGGCUUUUGUUCAAGUGCCCAACACUCGUUUUUGGUCUAUGAGUAUUUGGAAACAGGUAGCUUGGCUGCAAUCUUGAGCAACGAGAAUGAAGCUAAAAAAUUGGACUGGAGCACAAGGGUGAGAAUUGUAAAAGGAGUUUCUCAUGCGUUGUGUUAUAUGCAUCAUGAUUGCUCACCACCAAUUGUGCAUCGAGACAUAACAAGCAGCAACAUUUUGCUGCACUGUGACUAUGAGCCUUGUGUUUCUGACUUCGGCACUGCUAAGCUUUUGAAUCCAGACUCGUCGAAUUGGACUGCUCUUGCAGGCACAUAUGGAUAUGUAGCACCAGGUAAAAUACUAAAA